CAGCCAAAAUUUCCCAACAACUGCACAAUCUUGACUGAAAAAAAUGCCUGUCCGCAACGCCACCCAAAAAACAUGUUGUCCUCUGGCGUGUGUGAAACAUCUUUACCUUUAAAAAAAUGUUGGAUUCAGAGAACAAGUCUUCAAUGGAAAUUUGUUACGUAUAUGCAUUAUGGGUGAUGGGUCUUUACGCGUCCUCAAAGUGGCAUCGACUAAGAAUAACAACCCCUCUGUAUUGGGUUCGUUGAAUUUGAAUCCUUUGUUCUUUCAAUUUUCCAUGUUUUUUUUAAUAUAUAUAUGUACUGAAUAUGCAUAUGAAAAUCGUGGGUUGUUGAUUAAAGUUUGAAAUAAUCUAUUGCAUUGAACCUUCGUUGAUUUCAAAAAAUUGAAAAUUACAGUCCAAGCAUGUUCCGGUACUUCUUGGUUUGAUUUCUUUAUUGACUAAUUUCUGCGUGUUCAAGGGUUUAUAUGUAUCCUAAAUGCUGGGUUUCUUCCCAAAAUUAGUUGUUUUCUGGUAUUGAAGAAUGAUUCUUGUAUAUGUCUGAUUCACAUUGUUUAUUUAUUGAUGUUAGGUGUUUACUUAGAUUGUGAGUCUCAUCAAGAUUACAUUUCAAAUAGUAUGAAGUUCUUUGAUCUUUUCAUGUGAAGCACGCAGUCAAUUUCAUUGUAGUUUCUUCUUAUGCUUGCGGGUGUUAUCUGUUUUGUGUUCUAUAUUAUAUUUCUAGAAUUCGUCAUGGGUUGUGAAGUAGUUAGAUAAAUCAUAUUAGUUAGCAAAUUUGAAACAGUUAAAAUUGAAAGGGGUAUUUUGAUGGUUAACUAAAGGCAGUUACAGAAAGGGUAAUUUGAAAGUGAAAAGUUGUGGAAAAGUGUUCACACCGAGUAAGUUGAACACUUUAUAUAAUAAUACAGAUAUUUUUUCCUAUUUGUCUGGGGAGACUUUGUGCACAGGUCAAAUCGAAUCCGACAAUGCUAGAGACUCAAAAAAAGUGUACAGAAAAUUUUGGUUUAAAUUUGAAAUCUAUGGAUCAAAUUCAUUGCGGGUGAUGCCCAGACCUAUUCAAAUUUGAAUCACAACCAUAAACUUCAUUUUCUAGCCACUUUUCUAUGGGUUUGUAGCUUUUCUGAAUGGAAUUUGUAGGGUGGUAGUAGACUAUUGCUUAUAAUAUAUGCAUUCUAUUAUAUUGUAUCUAAGAAGUAUGGACACAAUACACAAUAAUUCUAAAAAAAAUUAAGAAAUAGACAUGGUGGAAAUAUGGCAAAUUUGAGAUAUGUGUGUGUAUUUUAAGACAUGGCAAGAAACAUAGCAAAAAUUAAGACACACACAUAUGAGAUAUGUGUGUGUAUUUUAUUUUAUUUUUCUCCUGUUUUUUUCUCUCUCUUUAUUCCCAUCUAUUUUACUUGGACUCCAAAUAAGCUUUCUAAAAUUAUUAUUAAAAAAAAUAAAAAGCCCUCUACUACAGUGUCCUGAGGCUUGUCCAAAAACAGGACAUGCGUGUCCUACAAAAAAUUAAUAAUUAAAAAAAUUGACAUGCCACGUGGUACAUUGGACACGUGGACACACUUGUCCCGCCGCGUUAGACACGGACACGGUACCCAUCUUGGAGUGUUGGUGCCUCUUAGAAUUGUAUUUACUUAUUGUCUCUGGGUUUGAAUUCAAUUUCAUUGAAUUUUCAUCAUCUGCAGGUUCGGGGUGAUCAUGUCUUACCAAGUUUAGUAUUCUUUCUAAUUUCAGAGGUCAAAAUACAUGUUCAGUUAACAUUGUUUUUGUGUGGACAGACUUUUUGUGCAUGGGUCAAAUUGAAUUAGUUUGGUAGACUAUUACUUGAAAUUCCAUUUUAGAAGCGAAGUCAUUUUCAUUGUAUUUUCAUCUGCUGCAGCUUGGGUUGAUUUGAUAUCUGUUCAAAGUUUGCAUUAUUUUUCAAGAGCUCAUUUAGCUUAUUUCCUAUUUAUUUCAUUAGAAUUUUUCCAUGGGUCAAAUGCAAUUAGCUGGGUAGACUCUUACUUACAGUUCAUGAAUUAAUUACUUGUUCCUGCUCUUGUAUUUUUGUGUUCGGCAUUUCUGGCAUAGAAAGGGUUGGUGAGUUUGAAUUUUCUUGGAAAUGCUUGUUGUGGUUCUUGGACAUAUUUGGUUUAAAUCUCACCACUUUUUUUCCCAAUUUAGAUGAUAAUAUUUGAUAAGGAUUAUGUGACCUUAUGAGAAGGUACUAGGAAGUUUGACAAGAUUUAUGUAGUUUCGAAGAAACUAUGCAAGCAAGUCUAUGUUUGGUCUGCUGAUUGUUGGAGGGUCACGAGGACAUUUUAUUCUUUGUUUGUGCUUUUUAUGUUUGAUAUAAAACCUGAACCAAGAAAAGUUUUGCUGACUUGUCAAAGGGAAUAGAUAACACCUCUGUAGUUCAUUGAGCAAUCAAUACCUUGAUUUGUAAUAUCUGUUCUUAAUGUGUGGCUUAGUGUUCUCAAGCUGCCUUGCUGAACAAUGAUUUGAUCGGAUUGAAUCUUUUUUUAUAAAUACAGUUGCAUAUGAUGUUAAACUAAAAAUAAAAUAAAAUAUUAGGAAAAACUCUAAUUUUCAGCACUGAUCUGUCUUACCUCAUUCUUGAAUAGAAAAUUGAUUUACCUUGCAGGUCUAGAAAAAUGAAAUGAAUUGUUUCAAGGCCAACCCUAACUGAUUUAUUUUUUUUAAAGAAUGAAAUUCACUUUUUUGAUCCAUUCACACCUACCAAUUCGACAUGGAUUCAAGUUGUUUUAUGGAAUCAUGGAUUCGAGGAUUUCAAAUAUUACAAGCAGGGUUCGUUUUUCCUUUUGGUCCUUUUAAAGUACGUAUAAUAUGAAGGACUUGUAUCAACAUAUGUAUUAGUCCUGAAAAAGGUAGUAGCUAGGAAAGAACCUCCUUUAAUUUUCCAUGCAUUGCAGAAGUCAAAUAGGGUCACAGAGAGAAAAAUGUGGAACAACCAAGAAAUUAGGUAGAUUUGUGGAAAAUGGACUUGUUAUGUUUUAAUUUAACAUGUAGAGGUGCAUGAACGCAUUGGUCUGACAGACAACUAUUAUCUAGAAUUAAAACCCUGAAAAUUGACAGAUGGUGUGAACCGAUGGAUUUCACACGUGUUUCGAUCCAAGGACCAACUAAUGCCGAAAGUAGAGCAUACUUCACUUCUUUUGACAUUUUAGAUGGAUCCAAGUUGAGGAUGACACAUGCUUCUUAGUGAUACACUGUGAAAUGAGACUAUAUAUUUGUCGGCAUAGAGAGCAUUAUUAUUACUACUCAUCUCACAUCAAAAAAAGAACUUUAGGAGGAGUGUCAUUGAAGCAAGAAAUUUAACCAAAAGAUGUUCAAGGUUUCAACUUGCAGUUUUAUGCCUUAUCCAAAUUUCUUGCAACCUAGGGCUAGCUUGAAAGGCCAAAAGGAUGCAAUCGUCACUGAUCGUUGUACAAAGGUAGCUCGCAAUUUCAACAUGGAAAGGUUGCGAAAUAACUACUUGUUUCCUGAGAUAUCAGCACGUGAACUUGAACACAUUAAGAAGUACCCAAAUGCAGAAGUGAUACGCCUCGGGAUAGGUGACACCACGGAGCCAAUACCAGAUAUAAUAACUUCGGCCAUGUCUGAUUGUGCACGUUCCCUUUCAACGCCUGAUGGUUAUAGAGGGUAUGGAGCUGAGCAAGGAGACAAGGCAUUACGGAAAGCAAUUGCGCAAACAUUCUAUGGAGAUCUAGCAGUAAGAGAUACAGAGGUUUUCGUAUCAGAUGGUUCACAGUGUGAUAUUUCUCGCCUUCAGCUGCUUCUGGGUUCCAAUGUGACAAUUGCUCUACAGGAUCCAUCAUUUCCGGCUUACAUAGAUUCAAGUGUCAUAAUUGGUCAGGCUGGUGAUUUCCAAUAUAAAACUGGGAAGUAUCGGAACAUUGAGUACAUGAAAUGUGGGCCUAAGAAUAAUUUCUUUCCUGAUUUGUCAAACACUUCUAGAACAGACAUCAUUUUCUUCUGCUCUCCGAAUAAUCCAACUGGCCACGCUGCAUCAAGGGAGCAAUUAGAGCAACUCGUGGAAUUUGCCAGGGAAAAUGGAUCAAUCAUUGUAUACGACUCUGCUUAUGCUGCUUACAUCACAGAUAAAAGUCCUCGAUCAAUAUAUGAAAUUCCUGGAGCCAGAGAAGUUGCAAUUGAAGUUUCAUCGUUCUCCAAAAGUGCUGGAUUCACUGGUGUCCGUCUUGGUUGGACUGUGGUACCCGAGGAGCUCUUGUUUUCAAGUGGGUUUCCUGUCGUAAAUGAUUUCAAUCGCAUCAUAUGCACCUGCUUUAAUGGCGCUUCCAUCAUAGCUCAGGCUGGUGGGUUAGCAUGUCUCUCCCCGGAGGGUUACAAGGCAAUGCUCUCUGUGGUAGACUACUACAAGGAGAAUGCUCAAAUACUGCUCGACACUUUCGCUUCUUUAGGCUUGAAGGCAUAUGGUGGUGUAAAUGCACCAUAUGUUUGGGUUCAUUUUCCAGGUUCAAGAUCUUGGGAUGUUUUCAGUGAGAUUCUCGAAAAGACACACAUAAUUACGGUUCCGGGAAGUGGGUUUGGUCCACGAGGCGAAGAGUUUAUUAGGGUUACAACCUUUGGACGCAGAGAAACCAUCCUGGAAGCCUCAGCAAGGCUAAAGAGCCUUUUUCCAUAGACAAAUGUUUCAUCUUUCUAUUAAUUUCUCACAUCUAUGUUAAAAUAAAGCAAAUUGAGGUUCAUAGACUGACCCCAAUUUUGAUGUUUGUGUUUGUAAAAUUUCAUUGAGCUAUAAUAAAAGUAAGCUAAAUAAUUUCAGGCAUAUAUAUACAGUUCUGUGAAUCUGAGGAAAAUUUAGAGUUUGUUGUUGAAUGGGACUCUCAUGGCCCCAAGUUCUCAUAGGCCUUUGUGUUGUGUUCCCUAUACUCCUGUUGACAUCCCAAUGCGAGAAAGAUGCAUUUUCCCCCCUCCCCCGCCCUAGGAUUUGUAACGUGACGGUCAUUGUGAUUAGGUUGAUUGAUUGAUCAACCUCACCAAUCCGGGGUUUUUUUUCAUAUCAGAAGAGCAACAUGACCCAUGCUUUACA